AUGAACGGAGGUUGCUUUCACUGCUCUAGACGCAGCCUCAUACACCUCCCAUUCGAUUGCCUGCAGCACAUCCUCACCUAUCUCUCUGCCGUCGAGAUCAUCUCCACCCUCUCAACUUGUCGCACCCUUGCCCGCUGGCGGGCAGAAGAAUCAAUAUGGCGCCGAUUAUGCUUAAUGUAUGGCCUAUCCGACGUCUCACACAUACCGAACAAAUCGUACUACGUUGCCUACACUCGCCUUCUUCAUCAGUAUGGCGACCUACUUGGCCUCUGGGCAAGCGAUAUGCCCUACAAGGGCAACGUACUCGAGUUCAAACUGGAUUUAGGCGGUGGGAAAGAGGGCACGACGGCCGGGAUAUGGGGAUAUGCAUGGCGGUUCCCGGAGUUUACCCAAGGACUGGACGAUUCAGAUCUCGAUGCGGACGACCUCCUCCAGCAAGUGGGAGCCAAUGCAAUUCAAAUCCAGAUUCUUCGUACUACUCUUGGUGUGCCACGUCGGCCACGACUGUCCCGUAUGCUGCGGAUCGGGUUUGAGCUACCACCCCCAUUGCCUGAUCGCUUGGCUGAAGAACCAGCGGAGUAUGCUGUCACGCCUUUCCCCCAGCUGACCUGCUACGCUCCCGACCCGUUUACACCGCAUAUGCCCAUGGGUGCCCUCUAUCCACAUGCCGUGCAGCUCGAAGCCACCAGGGAGAGCAUCGAGGGCUAUGUCGUUUCCCACCCGUAUGGGACGAGUACGCACCCGAGUUUUCCACCACGACAACCAUCGCUGGAACGCUUCUGUGGAUGGUACGACGAAGACCGCCCCAUGCCGCGCCUGCCGAUGGUCACUGUACCCGCCAGCGUGGACAAGUUCCACACGCCACGUUAUCCUGUCACCGUGCAAGGUUCGCCCUCCGAGCUCCCCGUCCCAGCCGCUCUCGCAAUACGCUGCGCCGAAGAGAGAUGUACACAUCACUUCCCAGCAAUCCCAUUCCGCCUCGUCCGCGCAUUCCCGCCUCUUUACUUUCCAAUACGUGCAACUGUACAACAUGGAAUUGCACCCUCAGACCCGAGGUGGACGCCUGAGAGUCUCACUGGCCUCUGGCUCGGCGCGUAUGGUCCACAUGGAACUGAAGUACUAUACGUCGAGACCGUGGAAGAAGAAGCGAAUGAAUGGCACGAACAAGGCAAGAUGGUUCGCGCAACGAAGAUCACGGGCGAUGUGAACGUGCCCAGGGGAACUUGGACUUGGAUGUUCUAUGCACAGCAAGAGACCGAGCUCAUGAGUGAUCAACUUCCAGACGUUGUCCCGGAUCUGAGCCUCUGUAAGCUGUUCACGGGACAGGGGAUGACGAGCAGUCAUGGGUUUUUUGACGGUCGCCAAGCCAUUUCCUUCCUUGAUGUCGCCGUCACUGGGCGGAAUACCAUCAAUAUUGACUGGCAUGAUCUCGACCAUGUUAGUACAUAUCGUCGAUAUCGCGGGCCAAAAGUGUAG